AUGACUACUCUUUUACUUGGUGGCCAUGGCAAAACAGCUCUUCAAAUCGCUGCCAUUCUCCGUGCGUCGAACCAAUCUUUUCUAGUAGCUUCACGCACAGCCUCAGCAGGCAGUACUUACACACACGCUAAAUUCGACUGGUUUGAUGAAAGAACCUAUGAAAGCCCCUUUCUCAAAGCCUCCAGUGAAGGAAUGAAACCUAUCGCCUCCGUCUGGUUGGUGGCACCUCCAAUUUUCGAGCUAGCUCCGCCAAUGAUCAAAUUUGUCGAAUUUGCACGAGCCAGAGAAGUCAAGAGAUUUGUUCUUCUCAGUGCAAGUACAAUUGAGAAAGGGGGACCUGCAAUGGGUCAAGUCCAUGCGCAUCUAGACACUAUCAAAGGAAUUGUAUAUGCUGUUUUGAGACCUACAUGGUUCAUGGACAACUUUUCAACGGCAGGAGAGCUACAGCAGUUGGCCAUCAAGAAUGACAGCAAGAUCUAUUCAGCCGCCGGAGAUGGGAAAAUACCGUUCAUAUCUGCAAAGGAUAUAGCGAAAGUUGCUGUCAAAUGUUUGACAAAUGGAAACUUGCAAGCUAAAGAAUAUGUUCUUUUGGGACCCAAAUUACACACCUAUGACGAGGUUGCUUCAAUCAUUAGUGGUGUUGUGGGACGAGAGAUAGUUCACGUGAAGCUUAGCGAAGCUGAUUUUACUAAACACUUGAUCUCAAGAGGUGUGCCUUUGAGUGACGCAGAAUUUAUGGCAAUUAUGGAAACUGGUAUCAAAAACGGGGGGCAAGAAAGUUUGAACGAUGUGGUUGAGGAGGUAACUGGUUCACCUCCUGAGACCUUCACUGAUUUUGCUUUCAGGCACAAAGAAUGCUGGAUGUGA